CAGUGUAUUUGCUGCAGUAGUUUCCUGGUCCAGCUGCCAGAUGAGGGCGACUCUGUCUCAGUGCAGGUCAGGACUCGUCCCUCUGAGGGACCCGAGUCAUUAGUUCGCCUCCCAGGCGGACGGAGAGACGAGGCUGUGAAACUUCCUGCCCCCCCUUCCUCUCUCCUUCCUCUCCUCAGUGUGCUGAAACCAGAUGUGUGGAGGCGCAGCGAGCUGCUGAAGAUCUGUGCUUCAUUCUGAAGAGACGGAGGGGAACAAUAGCAGCAGCUUCAGGCUGCAGAUGGACACGGUGGCGGCCAUGAAGUUCCUCAGAUAAACCGGUAAACGAGGCGUUCAGGGACCCAUCAUGGCUGGAGCGGUUCUGGUCCUGCUGCUCUUCCUGGUUUCGGCUAGCAGCUCCCGCUUCAUGGUGAAAGUGAAUCCUGGUGUGCAGGUCCUCCGAGGUCGCUCGGUGUCCAUCACUGAGUCGGACCUGGAGAUCCAAGUGGAUCCGAGCUCCGGCUGCAAGGUCGAGGUGGUACUGGACGAGCCAGUGACCCAAUGGGUGGGGAAGUUGACUCCCCAGAUGUUUGACUGCAGGUUCCUGAAGGAUGAGGUCAGAUAUGUUCACAAUGGGAGUCCUUUGCUGGACGAGGACUCAGUGCUGCUCCGAGUAUAUCGGUUCACAGAUUCAGACAUGCAGGUGGAGACAGUGGUGCUGCGGGUCAAGGUGGUGGAUGGAGGGUCCAGUGUGGCGGAGCUGGGCAGCAGUGCUCUGGUGGUUCCUCGGUUCUUUGGAUUGUCCAACGCCCUCAACAGCACCGUGCUGAACAUCAGGACCCAAGACGACCUGGCCUGCACCGUCAGGCUGAUGUCCGCAGAAACCAAGUUCCCAACAAUCGGCCGGCUGGUCAACCAGGACAACUCAGGCCGGCAGGUGGAGGAAGUCUGUUCUGGAAACAAGCCGUGUCUCCACCACACCACCGAGGUCCAGUUCCUUAAAACCAGCUGCCAGAACUUCCUGAGCUCCGGACUGAGGUACCAACACCUCAGUCCUCCGUCCCCUGACACAGACUACAUCCCAAUCCGGGUGGAGCUGAGGGAGCAGGCAACCCGGAAGCUGCUGGAGUCACAGGCGCUGUGGCUGCCGGUUCUGAUCCAAGGUGCGGUGCAGAACCAGCCCCCCAAGCCCGGCUUCAUGGCCUCUUCCAUCCUGGAGGUGGACCAGUUCAUCCUCACCCCGCUCAGCACUGCCACGCUGGACGCCACUGACCCCGAGACGCCGCAGGACCGGCUGGUGUUUAACGUCACGGCGCCCCCUGUGGAGGGGUACAUCACACACCUGGAGGACCACACCAGGCCGGUCGGGUCCUUCACCUGGCUGGACCUGCAUGACAUGAAGGUGGCCUACCAGCCCCCCAACAGCAGCCAGAGCCUCCGCCGGACCCUGCAGGUGGAGUUCCAGGCACUAGACGGGUUCUUUACCAGCAGCCCGUCCAUCCUGGUCCACCUGUCCAUCAGGAUGUCGGAAACAAACGCACCUCGAGUCUCCUGGAACAUGGGUCUGGACCUGCUGGAGGGUCAGUCCCGGCCAAUCACCUGGGAGGAGCUGCAGGUCGUGGACAAGGACAACAUCAACGCCGUUCACCUGGUGGCUGUGGACGGACCGACGCACGGGCGCCUCAGCGUCAGAGGUGUGAAGGCCUUCAUGUUCCAGGUGCAGGACCUGAAGGAGGGCGUGGUCGUCUACCAUCACUCCGACAGUGACUCCACCCGUGACCACAUCGUCUUCCGCAUCAGCGACGGCCACCACAGCAUCCGCCACAAGUUCCCCAUCAACAUCCUGCCGAAGGACGACUCCCCGCCGUUCCUCAUCAACAACGUGGCGGUGGAGGUGGCGGAGGGCGGCGCCGUGCGGCUGCAGGAGUUCCUGCUGCUGGCCGCCGACAUGGACUCCAGCGACGACCUCAUCCUGUACCAGGUGGUGAGCGCGCCACGCGCAGGCCGGCUGGUCAGGAAGAGCUCCGCCCUCCAGACAGGUGUCCCUGUGGACAGCUUCCUGCAAAGAGACCUGAUUCAGGGACAGAUCUACUACCAGCACUCAGGAGACGAGACCUUUGAGGACACCUUUGACUUCCUGCUGUCCGACAGCCACCAGCCGCCCAACCUGUCCCAGACAUACACGGUGGUGGUCCACGUGUUCCCGGUGAAGGACAUGGUCCCGGUAGAGGCUCCCGGUACGGUCCGGUCUCUGGUCGUCAUGGAGACGGAGGUGGUCCACGUCUCGCCGUCUCAGCUUCACUUCACAGACAGAGAAAAUCCAGACUCUGAGCUGACCUACAUCGUCACGCAGUCCUGCUUCAGCCCACUCCGGCCCGGACUGAUGGAUGCGGGUCGUCUGUUCUACACUGACAGCAGCGGCGCGGUGAAGAAGGACCCGACCGUGCCGGCUCUGAAGUCCUUCACUCAGCACGCCGUCCACCACAGGAAGGUGGCCUUCAUGCCGCCAGUGGAGGACAUCGGCCCCGACCCGCUCUUGGUGCAGUUUGUGUUUUCCGUCAGCGACCCGCACGGCGGCACCGUCUCUGGGCUCGUCUUCAAUAUCACCGUGACCCCCGUGGACAACCUCCCACCUGAGGCCUUCACCAACCUGCUGCGAGUGGAGGAGGGCGGCGCCGCCUUCGUCACAGAGGAGCACCUGCAGGUCCAGGACCGGGACAGUCCAGAGGACGAGCUGAGGGUGGAGGUGCAGAAGACGGCCCGGCACGGUCGGUUGGAGCUGCAGGGCGGGGUUCUGCUGCAGGGGGGCGGGUUUGGGCUGCCGGACCUGAGAGGACUGCAGCUCAGGUACGUCCAUGACGACUCGGAGACCAGACAAGACCUGGUGGUUCUGAAGGUGACGGACGGUCAGAACUCCAUGGACGUUGUGCUACACAUUCAGGUGAGUCUGAAAGCGGAUCCAGGGUUCUACCGGGUUACAGAGCGGAUCCAGGGUUCUACCGGGUUAAGAGUGGAUCCAGGGUUCUACCGGGUUACAGAGCGGAUCCAGGGUUCUACCGGGUGCGUUCAGGUGGGUCCGCGCCGCGUUCAGGUGUGUUCAGGUGGGUCCGCGCCGCGUUCAGGUGGGUCUGCGCCGCGUUCAGGUGGGUCUGCGCCGUGUUCAGGUGCGUUCAUGUGCGUUAAGGUGGGUUUACGCCUCGUUCAGGUGCGUUCAGGUGGGUCUGCGCCGCGUUCAGGUGCGUUCAGGUGGGUCCGCGCCGCGUUCAGGGCCUGCAGGUCUUUACACCGGGCUGAGAACACCUUUCUGUGUUCAGGUGCAGAGAUCGGACCCGGGCCGGUGUUCGACACCGUCACCCUCAUCAUCUCUGACGGAGAGGCCGGAGUGAUGGAUGACUGUUGCCAUGGAGACGCUCCGCCCCCACCUGUCCCUCUGCACGGCUCGCUUCCUGUUUUUGACCUGAACAUCACGGUUCUUCCUGUGAACAACAAGGUUCCUGAAGUCACCCUGGGUGAGUCCCUGCUGCUGGUGGAUGAAGGCUCCAGGGCCUGUCUGUGUGGGGGGGUUCUUGGGGCCUCAGACCCAGACAGCCCCCCCCAGGAGCUGACCUUUCACCUGGAGGCUCCGCCCCUUCACGGCUUCCUGGAGAACGUGCUGCCGAUGCCGGGCUCAGAGAAGAGCGGCGCAGGAAUACCCAUUGAAUCCUUCAGCCUGACCCACCUGACUUUGGGCUUCAUCAGGUACGUCCAAUCAGAGCACAGAGGGGUGGAGCCGACGGCGGACCAGAUGUCCAUCAGAGUGAGUGACGGCACAUUUAGCUCCGCCCCCGUCCCUUUCCACAUCAUCAUCAACCCGACCAAUGACGAGCCGCCUUCCCUGCUGCUCACCAACUUCACCGUGAAGGAGGGCGGGGUUAAGGAGCUGACUCCGCCCACCCUGGACGCCUGUGACCUGGACGUCCCAGCCGACCUCCUGACCUUCCAGGUGGAGCGCCCCCCGAGUCACGGCCGGCUGGUCCGCACUACGCAGGGGGGGGCGGGCGCCCCGGUCACGACCUUCACCCUUCAGGAGCUGCAUCAAGGCGUGACGGUGCUGUACGCUCACGACGACUCGGACACCCUGGAGGACGGCGUCCUGCUGCGGCUGAGCGACGGCGUCCACUCGGUGGGGGGGGGCGUCCGGGUCACGGUGCUGCCGGUCAACGACAACGCGCCACACCUGGUCAGGAAUGCCGGACUGGACCUGGACUCUGGGCAGCGCAGACUGAUCUCCGGCGCGGUUCUGGAAGCCGCUGAUCUGGACACACCUGCCCACCAGGUGUUCUACUUCAUCAACUCGGCACCAAGAUUUGGAAAACUUCUACUGAAGACGGAGUCCAGCUGGACGGACCUUGAAGCGGGUCAGAACUUCACUCAGGAACAGGUGGAGAUGAACCGGGUCUGGUACCAUCACAGAACCAGCAGCGUCGGGUUCAGAGGUCAUGACAGCUUCCGGUUCAUCUUGAGCGACGAGGACAACGAGUCUCCAACUCAGAGCUUCCUGAUCUCCAUUCGCACGGUGGACCCAGGUCAGAUCGUCCUGCAGACCCGGCCCGUCCGCCUGCGGGAGGGACAGCGGCUCGUCCUGAACACCGACGUCCUGCUGGCGCUGGACUCGGCGGGCCGACCCGAGGACUUGGUGUUCGCCGUGUCCGGCCCGCCCCGACACGGCCUGGUCCACGCCGCGCGCCGACCCGGCCGCCCGCUGACCCGCUUCACCCAGCUGGACGUGGCGGCGCACCGAGUGUGCUACACCCACAGCAACGACCACGACUCGGACGUCGACUCGUUCAGGUUCGUCGUCACCAACGGCGCCUCGUCCCGUUCCGGCUCGCUCCUCUUCACCAUUGAACGCAGCGACCGCAUCCCUCCCACCCUCAGCACCAACGCCGGCCUUCGUCUGCGGGACGGCUCCGUCGCUGCCGUGACCCCUGACCUUCUGCGGCUCUCGGACCCGGACACCGCCGCCUCCGACCUGACCUUUGUGAUCACGCUGCUGCCCAGGUACGGAAAGCUUCUGCUGAGGGGAGCGCCGCUCCCUUCGCCGCCCAGGUUCCUCCAGACCGACAUCGACCAGCUGGACCUGGCUUACCGGCACGAGGCGGGCGGCCCGGCGCGGCCGGACCGGUUCUACUUCCUGCCAAGCGACGGAACCAACAGAGGCUACCUGGAGUUUGGCCAGCUGAAGGAGGAGCCUGCAGUGUUCAGCAUCCAGGUGGAACAGGUGGACCGGGCCGCUCCCAGUCUGGACUGCCUGGAGAGCCCCAGUACCGUGACGGACCUCGGCGCCGGCCGCUAUGGCAUCUUCAUCACCAGCAGACACCUGCGGGGCUCGGACCCGGACAGCCCAGCAGAACUCCUGGAGUUCUCCAUCAUCACGCCGCCUCAGUUCGGAUCCUUGGAGAAUGCAGCCACAGGGUCCGCCAUCAGCCAGCGUUUCACCCAGCGCGAUCUGGACCGGCGCUCCGUCCUCUACAUCGUACCGAUUGAUGUGGAUGUGACGGCCGACGGGUUCUGGUUCCGACUCGUGGACCCGGCAGGAAAUGGAGCUCCACCUCACAGGCUGGAGCUGUUCUGGUCCCGGGUCCAGUUGUCAGCCAGCUGCUACAGAACUUGCGAGACUUCUGGAACUUUGCAGAUCCAGAUCCAACGUGCUGGGCGGAGCGCCGACCCGGCUUACGUUUCCAUCCAGGUGGAGGAAGGAUCGGCCAAAGCCGGCCGGGAUUUCACCCACAGCUCAGCCGCUCUGAUCCAGUUCGACACAGGUGUGAACGUAAAAACCUGGAGCGUCUUCCCGUUGGACGACGGCCUGGAGGAGAACCACGAGGCCUUCAGCGUCACUCUGAGGAACCCUCAGAACGCCGUCAUGGGUCAGAGAAACACCGCCGCCGUGGAGAUCCUUGACCCCCGCUCAGGACGCUGCAACCCAGAAGACCUAAAGGUAGAGCCUCCUCCUCUUCCUCAACCGGAGGAGGAUGAAGACCCAGUGACCGAUAUUGAGGCAGAGCUUCUUUGGGAGAAACAGCCCCUCCCUCCCAGAGGAGACGUCCCGGAGCGCCGGCCCUCCCUGGACGAGACGGAGCCGCAGGACCAGGCGCUACCUGGAGACACACACAGCUCUGAGGGAGCACGCACUGGGAGCACCGGGAACGCUGGGAGCACCGGGAAUGCUGGGAGCACUGGGAGCACUGGGAACGCUGGGAGCUCUGGUAUACAGCAGGUGCUGACCCUGUCCAGCGUGUGUCCUGAGGGCUGGACCGCCUACAGGGGGCGCUGCCACAUGGUGAGCCGGUCCGUGGCCAGCUGGGCCAGCGCCCACAGAACCUGCUCUCUGCUCUUCAACAGCAGCCUGAGCAGCGUGCGCUCCAGGAAGGACGCCGCCUGGAUGUGGAGGCUGGCGGGGAGGAAGUCCUUCUGGAUCGGUGGGAACGUUUCCGUCACUCCACCUUCAACGAACCACAUUUCUGCUGCUGACGUUCUCUGUCGUCCUCAGGUCAAUCUGGAGGUCACGACCUCUGGCUGUGGGACAAAGUUCAUUCAGCCAGACUCCAGGGGGCGCCGGCGAGCCGGGAUGAGGCUGGCAUCAGCUCAGACUGUGUGCUGGUUGAAAACCCCAGAAGAUGGAUUCCUACCAACUGCUCAGCCGAAGCCCAGCAUUCGUUCAUCUGUUCCUCAGAGCCGCCACCGUGAGCCGCCACCGUGAGCCGCCACCGUGAGCCACCACGCUCACGACCUGCAGCUGGAGGUCAAACAAAACCUCAUCAGGUCCAGAUCAGCUGACCUUCAGCCAGAGAAGAAAUUAAAUAAAAACAUAAUCAGAUUCA